CUCAUUCCAAUACUAACAUAGAUACCCUGCAGUCACUGUGCCAAAUUAUUCAUUAAAAUGUUUAGUGUUUAAAAUGUAUAUGAGGUGAAUAUUAUUAUAUAACGCGGCGUAACAGGAGGAAGCUGGUCAAUAUGGCAGGUUUCUUCAAAAAGUCAAAGCCGGUCAAUACGACAACAGGGCAAAGAGUAACGGCUUCUCCGACUGUUGACCAUAUAAGAGCAGACCGUAUUCAACUGUCAUGGAAAUUGGAGCCAGAUCUUGCGGAUGAUGAAUAUGUUGAAGUUUUUUUGAAGGAUAUCACAAACAAAUCACGCUGGAAAUUAGCAGCCGACGAUACUAUCAAGAAGUGGUCAUUUACUAUUACUGAGCUUAAACCAGAUACUGAGUAUUCUUUUAAGGUCCGGGUUGUCAACGAAAACGACGAGGGUGAUUUUAGUCCUGAAAGCAAAACGAUCAAAACAAAAAUUUCAGCAGCUAAACAAAUGAGAGAAAUGUCGGAGAAUAUUCCAAGUGAACAAAUUCAAAAAUACAGAAUUCCAGUAAAAGAAGUGAAAGAAGCCAGGGACGAAACACUAAAGACAAGACGGUUCGAAAUAGGUACCCGCCCUAAGAUCAAUGUUGGCGAGAAAACCAUUGUUCUUGUUGGAGCAACAGGUAGUGGGAAAAGUACCUUAGUGGAUGGAAUGGUUAACUUCAUCUUCGGUGUAAACUUCAAUGAUGAUUUCAGAUUUACGUUAAUUCGAUUGGAAGGCCUAGAGUUAGGACAUCAAGAAAACCAGGCAGUAUCACAAACUGAUUGGAUAACAUGCUACACAAUCUACCCUUCCGGUAGUGGACGAAUCCCUUUCACGCUCAACAUUAUCGAUACUCCUGGAUUCGGUGAUACAAGAGGAUUUGAGAGAGACGAGGAGCUCAUCAAUCAGAUUCGAUAUUUGUUUUCCAAAGAACCUCCGAGAGGUGUGACAAUAAUUGAUGCCGUCUGCUUCCUCGUCAAAUCACCGGACGCAAGACUGACAGCAGUUCAGAAAUACAUAUUUCAACAGAUAAUGUCAUUGUUCGGAAAAGACAUUGAGAAGAAUAUCUGCACGUUGAUAACGUUUGCUGAUGGUGAGGAGCCACCUGUACUUCAUGCUCUAAAGACUUCAAAUGUUCCAUUUGGACAAGAUUUUAGAUUCAACAACUCGGCAUUGUUUGCAGGAAAUAGAUCUGCGAGCAGUAGUGGCUUUUCAUCUAUGUUUUGGAAUCUAGGAUUAAACAGUUUUAAGCAUUUCUUUGCAUUCCUGACAACUCUUACACCAAGGAGUCUUGAAAUGACAAAAAGUGUUUUACAACACAGAAACGAACUCGAAACAACAAAGAGGAACUUGAUGCCACUUGUUGACCUUGGUCUUUCAAAAAUGAAUGAAAUCGAGCAACAAAUCAAAAAAAUUGAAGAAAACAAAAGUCAAAUCAGGGCUAAUAAAGAUUUUGAGAUAAAAGUAAAAACUAAAAGACCAGUGCACAAAGAUCUUCCCCCGAACAAGCAUACCACAAAUUGCAGAAAUUGCAAUCUGACAUGCCAUGAAAGCUGUAUUUACGGAAACGAUGAAGAUAAAGCAAAAUGCAGUGCAAUGGGAUCAGACGGAAAUUGCACUCAUUGUUCUAAGAAAUGUCAUUGGAGCAAACACACCAACUCACCAUACAUCGUUACGAAUGAAUAUGUCACAGAAAUACAAACCGUGGAAGAAAUGAAGCAAAAAUACAAAACUGCCACUGGUGAAUUGCCAACAUUGGAAAACAUAAUACAAAUUAAGAGGGAAGAAUUUGAAAUAAACACUAAGGUUGUAAAUAAAAUGUUGGAGACAAUUCACUUGUGUAACAACACUCUGGAGGAAAUUGCACUUAGACCUAGUCCGCUGUCGGCUACUGAGUACAUAGAUGCUUUGAUUAAAUGCGAAGAACUGGAUAAGGAAAUUGGAUAUACCGAACGUGUACAGUCAUUAAAGGAAAUUCGAAAACGAGCUAAUAUUGAUUCGAAAGCCACGCAACUUACAUUGAGUGCCGAAAUGACAUUUUUAGAAGUUGAACAGAUAAAAGAAUACAGAGAAAUGUAUGGAUCUACCUUGUUUUAAAAGUAAAUCCUGUUGAAAGCUAAUGUCUUAGCGAAACCUGAAUGAUAAUAAAUCAAACAGCACUAGAUGACAUACUCAUUUGUAAUAUGUUUAUACUGCCAUUCCCAAAUUGAAAAUAUUUAAGUGAUGAAGGAUUUGGAACUUUUAAACGCAAUUUAGACAAAUAACACGUUUUCCUUUAAGGAUUUAAACGAAGAAUUAACGGCUUCAUUUAACUUUUAAUUUAUUAUAAAACUGAAUGAGAAAUAAACCUAUGACUUGUUGGAAUAUUUCCAAUUAGGCAUUUUUAAUUCAAAAUUCAAUGCAAUUGUUCAAACACAUGUGAAGUGAUAUUGUUAUAUUUUACAUGCGUAAUACAGAAAACAGGUGGUGGUAAUAUUUCACGUAUUGUAGUUUUAUGUGUUUACAUUUCAUUAUGUGAUAAACAGUCAACAGAACCAAUAGUAUUGGCGAUAGUAAUUGAACUUUCAACUAAAAUGCCAUUGAAGUGGGUGAACUGUAUGAAACCUGAUCUCCAUUAAAAUGGAUAAACAUAAUUUUCUUAUCUGAUAUAUCACUUUUAUUAUAGAGAAAUUCCCAUUGCAUUGUGUAUCCGGCUUACAAUUUUAAAAGUUCAUUUUCUUUAGAAAACAAUGAUCAAAGGUAAGAAACAUUUAUAAAUGAUUAAGUAGUGACAUUUAGCAAUAAGCUAUUUGGAUUUGACAUUUUCAAUGAAAAGAGCGAGUGGUGUCAGUUUCAAAAUCCUAUAAAAUGUGUAUAAUAGAUAUUGGGGGAAAUCUUGAAAAACAUGUGAAACCACAUAAGUUACUGUUUGUUCAGAAAUGCAUGAAUGAAGUUUGUCUUACUUAAUGGUUAAGAGAGUUGAUUAAAGUAUGGAUUGUAAAUAAGUUUAUUUAGCAAAUAUUGUAGGUGUGUAUACAAUUGUUUGAUGAUAUGUCACAUGUAUAGCUCCUCGGAAAAUGCUUUUUAUAACAUAUAUCAUUGUUUUGAACGUCCUUUGCAAUUUUAUCAGGUAAAAUCCUGGAAACGAAAUUUUUAAAAGGACUCAAAUAAAUCUUUUUUAUUUGAGUAUGCAAAGCAUACCUCUAUUAUGCUAGUGUUACUUUUUGUUUGUCAUAUAGUUGUUUGCAACUUGAAGCCAUCUCUUAAGAUUAUUGAAUGUAUGAGUCUGAUGUUAGGGUGCAUGUAUUUGAAUAUUGAUUACCACUUAUAGUUUGAAACUUUUGUGAUUUGGUAAUGGUCUUAUCAGUACAAUACUUAUGUUGUUGAAUCACGUUUACAAUUACGAGGGAAUCCGAUUUUUCUUGUCUCAAUGAAUCACCACAGUGUUUACACGGCUUUGAAUAACCAAUAUUUAAAAGAAUCGCAGUAUUGCUAUAAAAUUGAAAUAGAUAUCAAAGUGCUUGACAAAAGAAAUUGUGUUUGUGCUUGUCAGAACUGGUUAUUUUAUCAUUUUCUUGUGAAGUGGAUGUAAAUUUAAAAGUCAAUGUUGUUUCAAUAUCUACUUGAAAUUUCAAAGAUAUUAUCAAGUGGCCUGACGACAUUUUUGAUGGAAUGAAGAAUUUUGCACUCAAACAACUCACAUUUUGACUAACCAUACCCUUUGGAUAAAAAAAGAGUUUCAAUUCUGGCCGUCUGAUAAAAUAUAUUUUGUAAUAAUUAUCGAUCUCCUUUAUACAGAUAAUAAUUGUAGCAUCAUAGUAGAUAUUUUUUCCGAACGGUUUUGCAUCGAUACUAAGAUAAACAUAAUUUUUAAACGGUUUAUUAUUUGGCCAUUUCACACCUUUUUGUAGUGAUGAUUUUUCUUUGAAAUUAAGAGUAUGCAAAAGUAAACAAUACAGCGCCUGGUAUACUUCUACCUUUUUAAAACGUAUAAAAUUUUGUUUUAAUCAGAUAUUUAUUUUAGUUGUACAUAAAUGCUGGUAUGUAUCUAGUUUAAUGAUGAUUGAUUUUAGAGAUUCAACAAAGAAACAGAAAUGAUCUUUUGAUUUUUAAUAUGUAUUCAUUUGUCAGGUGUAAACUAAUUAAUUCAGCUUGUAUGUUUUUAUGAGAGAAAAUAUAGUACAACAAUAAACUGUAGUGGG